AUGAGUGAAUUACCUCAAGCUUUACUAUCGAGAUUGAAAUAUGAAUUGAAUCUAUUCGAGAAGGAUCCACCACCUGGUAUUCAAGCGUGGAUCGCUGCUGAUAAAGUAGAUCAUCUAGAAGCAUCAAUUAUAGGACCGGAAUCAACACCCUAUCAUAAAGGUGUUUUCAAAUUGGAGAUAAUAAUGCCAAUGAGAUACCCUUUUGAGCCACCAAAAGUAAAGUUUAUCACACCGAUCUAUCACCCGAAUGUAGAUAACCAAGGUCGUAUCUGUCUAGACACACUGAAUAUGCCCCCGAAGGGUGUAUGGGCACCAAGUUUAAAUCUACUGACGGUGCUCAGUACGAUACGUCUCUUAAUGUCAGAACCCAAUCCAUAUGAUCCACUUAUGCAAGAUAUCACAGAUGAAUUUAAGAAUAAUCAUCCUCAAUUCUUGAGAACAGCAGAGCAAUGGACAAAGAAAUAUGCAAAAGAAGAUGAAGAAGGAAAAGUAACCUCAAAAGAAAAGAACGAUAAUAGUACAACUACUUCUACAUCAUCAACAACUACAACAACAACAACUAGUAAUAAUAAUAAUAAUAGUAGUAGUACUUCAUCAAAUGUAAAUAAAUAUAACGGAAAGAGAGAAAGGGAAAAUGAUUUAGAUAAAGAUAAUGAUCAUCCAACUAAAGUAAAUAGAAAUCAACAAGAAAAAGUGAUAAUAAAAGAUGAUGAAAAAGAAGAAGAAGAAGAAGAAGAAAAUGAUCAAAGCAUUAAUAAAGAGAAUGAAAAAGAAGAUAAAGUAGAGGAAGAUGAUGAUGAAGAUGAAAAUGACGGAUGGUGA